AUAGCAUGGGAGUUGGUUAACACUCAAGAGCGUGAUUCACAGCGGAAGCGUUACAGGCUUAUAUAAGUCUGAGAUUGGCAGAUUGCCUCAACUGGAAUCUCUCCGUGUGAUCCCGUGCUGCACAGUGUGAUAGACCGCUUGAUAUACACGACUUACAAACUCUACCCCAGGAACUACUACAACCACACGCAUCACGAUAACGGUACCUGAUGAUGGAGUCCCGUCUCCUCUUCCAACUGGCCAUGGUGGCUGCCACAGUGACGCUCAGUGUCCAGCGAGUGACUCCACCCCCAAACGCAUGCGCGAACUGGAAUACCAAUGAACCCAGGCUGUAUCCUAGCAACGGCAGGUGCGACAGGUUCUACCAAUGUUCUGAGAGAGGUGCAAGCGCCAACUUGCAUUGCAGGCUCGGCACCUUCUUCAGUUUCUCUAAACAGACCUGUGACUUUCCAAGGAACGUCAUCCAGGAAGAGUCAUGCGAUAUGUGCAGUGGCCGCACCGUCCACCCGUACAUGAACUCAUGCGAGGUGUUCUAUGAGUGUACCAACAUCCAAGACGCCCCGGUCCUACCCAGAUGCUGCCCCACCGAUCAGGUCUUUGUGGAAAACGUUGGAUGUCAGCCACGAGGAUUCGGCGAUGCGCCUUGUACUGCAAGCAACUACACCCAUCCCAAGUUCUGCCGGAACUACUUCCAGUGCGUGGACAGCACCCUCACGACCUUCUGCUGCCCCGUGAACGAGAGGUUUGACGGUGAACGUUGUGUCCCCGACCCCGACGGCAUCUGCAGCCUCCCCUGUGAAGGAGAAGAGUUCACAACGCCAGUGCUACCCACGGCUCUAGCCCCGCGCAGCAAAGUAUGCGACCCACAAGCUGACUCAGAACUGGACAACAUCCAAGCCUGGGGCAUGACAGACAGUGUCGGGUCUUGGGUGGGUAACCAAGGCCCCGUCCUCCAGUCAGCUGACGGUCAGUCUGGCAUCUUCGGGAACGGCGCCCACCUCUCCCUCAGCCAGUUCUACAACAACGUCAUGGCUCCUUUCACGGCCCGUGUGCGCUUCCAGCCCGAGGACUUGACCUCCUUCACCGAGCAGGAUCUCUUGAGCAACGCCUGUAACACGGCUGAAAACGCCCUCACCUUGUCCGUCGUCCCCGCGAGCAGGACCGUCAGGGUCAGUGUUGGUGGCACUGGUGGAACAUCUACCGAAGUUACUUGGAACCCAACGUCGUCUGACGCUUGGCUAGAGGCCACCGUCCAGUUCGCCAAUCAGAACCUUUCGGUCAGUGUUACGGAUGGCCAGACACCCAUUGUCAGGAAUAGCGUUACCUACGCAGGGUCUGUCACCAACACCUGCCAGCUGAGAGUCGGUCUGGGGGCAAGUCUUGACAGGGCAUUCAACGGCAAGGUUGACAGGGUAACCGCAUGGAAGUGCGUCGUCCCAGGAUUGUAAACGCCACAGUCUUCUGUUCCACGAUAUGACUUAAAUAUCAUACUCAACUUUAAAAACCUUUCCGACUAAUGAAUGUAAAUCACAUUUCAAUUUUAACAAUUUCCGGUUUUUUAGUAUUAAUUUAUUCAGUUGUUUUUGCAACUUCAAAAUAAGCUAGUACUGCCACCACGACUGUCCCGACAAUGAUCUGUUGCCAUUAUACCAUUCUAUUUAUUGUAUGCGCGUCAAGUAUUUCCGGACACCGGCAUAUCCUCCAUCUAUUAUUAAAAUAGUGCAAUGUU